GUAAAUUGCUUGCACCAUUCACGAUCUGCUGGCCGCUGGUAGGAGUAGAGUAGUCCUACUCGUGACUCCUACUACCGAGCGGUAGUAUUCUGAGUAGCGCGUGGGACAGAAUCGCCCUAGCAACAUGGCGCACCGCAGCGCAAUCAGUGAAUGUAUCGGCAUAGGUCUCACGCUUCAACUCAUUCCGGCUAUCGGGGACAAGAUUCUAGCUAUGAGUGUACGCAAGCCAUAGAUCGUCUACUUAAAGGGGGGUUGUUCCUCACCGUCCUUUCUCUUUCUCCCUCUACCUCACCCACCUCUCCAAUCCGCUUCUUGCUAUUGACCCUUUCCCCACGCCUCCCUCGGUCUCUUCAACACGCACGCACGCACACAUACACACACAUUCGCUCAACAUGCACUUCACCUCUUCCAUCUUGGCCCUUGCCGCCGCCUUUUGCGCCUUGAGCUCCACCACAUCAGCCUCUCCAGCCGCUUUUGAAGGUGUUGCUCAUCUUCCUCGUCGUGACCAGGCCCCAGUCUACAAGACUUGCCACAAGUCCGACUCGGUCGCUCUGACCUUCGACGAUGGACCUUGGAAGUGGGAGACUUCCAUCGUCGACCAGCUCGACAACGCGGGUGCCAAAGGAUCCUUCUUCGUGAAUGGAAACAAUUAUGGCUGCAUCUACGACAACAUGCAAGUCAAGUCUCUUCGUCACGCCUUCAACCAGGGUCAUCUGAUCGGCUCUCACGGCUGGGAGCACCAAGACUUUUCCCAGCUCUCUCGUGAUCAAAUCAACACUCUUUUGCACAAGAACGAGGUGGCCUUUAAGCGCAUUCUGGGCGUCAAGCCCCUCUACUUCCGUCCUCCUUAUGGAAACCUCAACGAUCAAGUCUUGAGCGUUCUGGCCGAGCGCGGUUACCGCGGCGUCUUCCUUUGGGACAAGGACACCGAGGAUGCGGAUGGUGCGGGUGUUGCUCACGGAAAAGGCGUCUACAACAGCAUCACGCGCAACGCGCCCAAGAGCAGACUUGUACUCAACCACGAGACCAUCAAGGCAACCUCUCAGACCGUCGUGCCUUACGCACUUCAACACCUCAGCAACAAGGGCUUCCGUCUCGUCACUGCUACCGAGUGCAACGGGCUUGGCGACGCUCCAAACGACUGGUACGACUUUGUCGGUGGCAAGGAGUCUCGCAACGACAAGUGGCAAUGCUAAUUCACCCAUCUUGCUCUACCCUCCGAGCACCCAAAGCCUACCACUAUCAUCGCACUGCAUGUCUCAUGAGUUGGGACCCAGUGCAGAUACUCAAUGCGACGCGACUUUCAGCCCCUCCGACGAGCUUGGCCGAAGGAUGCCCUUACUCGAAUACAAGCAGCCCACAAUUGUACACACGACCCGCCUCAAUCUUCUCUCGCUUCUUUGCCCGCACUCGCACUGGCGAUUGUCCUAGUCGUUAUAUCGUAGUCAGCCUCUCAACUGUAGCCUUAGCCAAUCUCCUAUAUCUAGAAUGC